CGGAUCUAUCAUCCCACCACCUCGGUGUGCCACCACCGCAAACUCCACCCAAAACCCUAGCCCACGCCCACCGGCCGCCGCCUCUCCCGCCCGCUCCUCUUUCGGCUGCCACCUGCCCUGUUCGUAGCGAAACCCCCUUCGUCUACCGAUAGCCAUGGCGCAGCGGGCGAUGGGACUGCUCCGGCAGUCCCUCGGGCUGUCGGCGCAGAGAGCCCUGAGCACCAGCGCCGCGGCGCCCGCGGCGGAGGGGGCGGCGGCGGCGGAGGCGGUGGCGAAGGAGGCGAAGAGGAGGAAGAAGAAGAACCUGUUCGACGUGGUGCAGUUCCUGCCAGGCUGGGGCGUCGGCUACAAGGUCGCCAAGACCACCUGGCGCGACGUCUCCUACCAGAUCACCAAGAUCAACCUCUACAAGGACGGUAGGCAUGGGAAGGCGUGGGGAAUUCGGUACAAGGCAGGUGCUCAAGCUGCAGAAGCUCCAAUUAGAAUCAGCGGGGUUAACAAACGUGGGUGGAAGUACAUAAAGGAAUCACAGAAGAAAUUACAAGAUGCCCCCAAAGUAGAAGCACAGGUCGCCGCCUAGUUGCUACCUGAAAGAUGCUUCUUGUGUUUCCCUUGAAGCAAAUCUUUAGAUGGUUGUUUCUAGAUGAAAAUAGAGUCACUUUAGGACAGAUGCAGUGGUUCCCUUUUGUUGACUUUGAUGGUUGAACUCAAUGCAGUGAUUUCUGUCCAAAUCUUUUGAAACCUUUCCCAUAAUGUGCUAGAUACAGGUAUACUGUAUUCUGUAUGGAAUUUGUAGGCAAUGGCUUCUGGUUUCUAUUCAAACGUAAGGUUUGUUUCAAGUGAA